AGAACAAGUACCAAAAUUCAACCCAGAAAACGUGGCUUACGAACACCACGCCCUCCUUCCCACUAAAUCUUGGUUUGGUCUUUAUAUUUCAGUCACCAUCUUUCCUCAUUUCUUCCAUGGUGGUGUGCGCUCUUCCCUUUUUCUCAAGACAGUUACACAUACACCCUUUUCUUUAAAACACUUAAAAAAAGACAGAGGGUCUGUCUGUGAUCUCAUUAGUGGUGGUGGUGGCUCUCUUUGCCUCCUUUUGCUUAUCUUUGCUUUUCCAUGUGCUUAGUUGGUUAUUCUUCACUAGCCACCUUUCUCUCUUCCUUUCCUUUUUUUCUAUUAACCUCUCAGACUUGUUCUUUGUAUUAAACUUUGGGGGUAAGGAAGAUAAGGCUCAAACUUUCAGGGUGGUAAUUGUAUUGCAAAUCAGCUCAUCCUAGAUUGUGGGUGUUGGAGUGUUUGUGUUUUUGUGCUCUUCUUGGAUCCAAUUUUCUGAGAUAUGUCGUGGAGUCUAACGCUUCAAGCAUGGUAUUUGACAGCUCCCAUCAAUUUCUGAACUUGUUUCCAAAGCUUCUGGGUGUACUGUAAGAUAAGACUUGGACCAAGAAGUCUAUAUGAUUCAGUUUGAGGCAGAACAAGAAGUCUAUAUGAUUCAGUUUGAGGCAGAAUAAGAAGUCUAUAAGAUUCAGUUUGAGGCAGAAUAGGAUAAAGAAGUUUAUGUGUGUAAUCUGAUUGGGCCAGCCGAUGGAUGAUCAAGUUAUAAUUCCUCAGAAAGAUCGCCAGGGAAAAGAGGAUACAUCUCAUAGAUUGAGCAAGGAGAGAGUAUUAUCAACAGAAGGUACUUUAAAAUCCUCUGGCUCAAAAUUGAAGAGGUUGGUCAAAAUGGCAAAUCCACAGCACCCUCUAAUUUCAAAUGUUAAUAGUUCACAAAUUAGUAGAUGUUGCACAAAAAGUCCAUUGUUUCAAAGUACUGUUGGCGUUGAGAGUAGGAUUCCAAAGCAUAUACUGAGCAUAGAUGAAAAAUUUCGCCGUCGAUGCUUGGAAUUGAUUCAUAUUAGUGCAUCCAAAGCAGCUCAAUGCAACGUAGCUGUGAAUUUGAGCUCUGCGAAGAUGGGUGUUUUAGCUGAAAGCCUUAGUGCGGGUGAUAUUAGAAGUGGAGAUACAUGUGACUCUGCGAGGUUUGUUUAUGAAUGCCCAUUGGAAGCUGGAGGUGGGAGUGUUGUCAUAAGCCCUGCAGGACAAUGGAUUGUAGGUACAGUUAUGGGGAGCAAGAGCAUGAUAAAUAUUUUGAAGAGCCCUUUGUUUCACCAAGUUGGCCCCGAAGGUGGCAAUGCAGAUUCUAGAAGAAUAACUUCAAAUGAUGACAAAGCCUUGAUAUGCUAUGAUUUAGCAGAGUGUCCUGGUGCAUUAACUUUCUCAUCACCGAAGACAGAAAAGGAAAUUCCAGUUAAGGGAAGCAUUAAAAAUGAAUCUGAUGGGGGUCACAAAAGGCUUGUUUCUACGUGUAGCAUAGACUCUCCAUCUUCUGAUCAAUCUUCCCGUGCAGCUCUCGCCACAGUUUCCCAAGGAAUGCUCCAGUGCACGUGGAAGGGAGGGAAUCCUCAUUUUGUUUUCUCUACAGAUGAACAGAAGGAGGUCUAUGUUGCCAAUUUGUGGAAGGUUCAGUCUAAAGAGGACAAGUCUCUGGAUUAUAUAUACUUGUUCCAUGCAGGAAAGGGUGGCCAAAAGAACCAUGAGAUUCGCGAUAGUGAGUCACACCUAGUCGGUAAGAUGAAGGUGAGUAAUUUGGUCUCUCUCUGCUCAAACAAUUCAAAGAUCAUGGAGACUGAGUUUGUUUUGUAUGGUGGUGGUAUUGAGAUGCACACUUCUAGCCAUAAUCUCAAGAAGAGUAAGGGGUUAUCGAAAAAGAUGGUGGGAGUGUUCAGGACAAGUCACUUAUCCAAACAAAAAACUAUCUCCAAAUUGAGUGGAGCUCUUGAGAAUUCUUCUUGGGAGUCUUGCCUAGAUGAUACAGCCAGCAAUCAAGAUGCUCUAGGUCUGCCGAAUUUGUUAGAAGAUAACCUCCCUCCAAAUUUUGAAUUAGCUGCAAUUGUUAUGAAAGACCAUCUCCCUGAUGAUCGUAAGGAGGAAACUGGAGGUUGGGGUUUGAAAUUUCUGAAGAAAGUUGGGGUGAAGAAAACCAAUAACUCUGUGGAAGUGUCAGUGCCUCUCGAAUGUUGUCGAAAUAAUGGUGAUUGCUCUACAAGUAUGGAUGUUCUAAUCCCCGCAGGUCUUCAUGGUGGACCAAGAACCAGAAAUGGUGGCCCUUCAAGUCUUACUGAAAGAUGGAGAUCUGGUGGAUACUGUGACUGUGGUGGCUGGGACAUGGGGUGCCCUCUCACAGUACUUAAAAGCAAAUCAAGCAAAGAGGACAUUUUGCCUCAGUCAGAUACUCAAGGGGAGUGCAAGCCGUUUGAUUUAAAUAUACAGGGCUCUGAGCAUGCCACUCCCACAUUAAGGAUGCUGAAUGUCCAUGAUGGUCUGUAUUUUGUUCAUUUUCAACCUACUCUGUCAAUUCUGCAAUCUUUCUCAAUUGCAGUAGCGAUUAUCCAUACACAGACUCCUUCUCUCCGGCCCAAAUGUACAGAAGUUUCAACCAAAGUCCAGGGUUGAAAUGUAUGUGGUUUUUGUAACUCUACUGUAUACAGCAGUGAGUAAUUUACAAUAUCUGUAUUUAUACUUGGAAUCAAGAUGAUUUCGGUUAUGUUUUAUGGUUUUUGAUAUAGUGAUAUCAGAUAGAUUUCUUAUUGUAGCUUAGUUGGUCUGGUUGGGAUUUUUAAUCCUUUGAUUCUUAGACCGGAAACCCUUGUAAUCCGUUCCAUAUCAUGAAUGUACAAGAUUUUGAUAUAGUUAGAUUGAUA